AGAGAUUUCACAUCUGAGUCACAGAUAAUCGAGUCAUUUGACUGCUUUGAGUUUAGAUUAAUCUGCGCAGAUCAUCAGUAGUCGGCUGUCUUUAGCAAGUUUAGACUCGAUUUCUUCUGCAAAUGCCUGAUUGGACACGAUUUUACUGUCCUUGCAGUGAAUUGUGCAGAGAAUACAAACGUACAGGAUGAAACUGGAAAAGGAAAAACAGGAUAGAAGAGAGAAGAAGAAGAAGUCCAAACACUCCUCUAGAGACAGAGAGAAGGACUCUGAGCUGAACGGCAAGCACAAACCCUCCUCAAAGAUGAAGCAGUCAGACAGUCAAUCUGGAGUCAGCAGUUUCAGCAGCGCAGUGAACUGUGAAGCAGGAGCUGGUGACACGCACGAGGAUGUCAAAGUAGAUCCGGAUGAAAGAAAUGAUGGACAGCAGAAAUCAUGUUCUCCAGAAAUCAACAACAACAACCAAGAGAAGACCCGAUCAAAAAGCAGCAAGCAGCGUCACAAUCAUCAGGAGAGGACUGCGGAUGAGCAGCUCUGUGACGAGGAUGAAAACCUGCGAAGCCAGAGUUCCCGAAACUCAAAUCAGGUGCAGGCAGACGACGGUCCCCAGUGUGAGUCUGUCAAGAUGAAGAAGAAGAAGAGGGUCAAAGAGGAGAAGAGCCCAGAGAAACACGAUAAGAAUCCGCCGUCCGGGAGGAAGAGGAAAAAGAGCAGUUCUGAACAUGAUAAAGCAGAGAAGAACAAGAAGAUGAAGAAAGACGGAGACCCGGAGGAGAAGAAGAAGGAAAAGGGGAAGAAGGACGAGGAGUCUGAUAAGUGGAAGUGGUGGGAGGAAGGAAAGUCUUCAGACACUCAGAAGUGGAGCAGUUUGGAGCACAAAGGGCCGUAUUUCCCCCCUGAAUAUGAGCCGCUGCCUGAUAACAUCUGCUUUAAUUAUGACGGUCAGCCGGUGAAGCUCAGUCCCGUGACGGAGGAGAUCGCCACGUUCUACGCUAAGAUGCUGGAUCAUGAAUACACCAGUAAAGAGGUGUUUCAGAACAACUUCUUCUGCGACUGGAGGGAGGUCAGAACCAGAGUUAUGAGUGAAAUGACUAAAGAAGAGCGGAAGCUGAUCAAGACGCUCUCCAAGUGUGACUUCAGUCAGAUCCACAAGUAUUUCGUGGAGAAGUCUGAGGAGCGUAAGAACAUGACGAAGGAGGAGAAGCAGGUCCUGAAGGAGGAGGCCAGCCGGCUGAUGGAGGAGUACGGCUACUGUCUGCUGGACGGACACCGCGAGAAGAUCGGGAACUUCAAGCUGGAGCCGCCGGGGCUGUUCCGCGGCCGAGGAGAACAUCCGAAGAUGGGCAAGCUGAAGAAACGCAUCCAGCCGGAGGACGUGACCAUCAACUGCAGCCAAGACUCGAAGAUCCCGGCGCCCCCUGCAGGCCACCGCUGGAAGCGCGUGCAGCACGAUAACACGGUCACAUGGCUGGCGUCGUGGCUGGAGAACAUUCACGGACGACCCAAAUACAUCAUGCUGAACCCCAGCUCCAAACUCAAGGGAGAGAAGGACUGGCAGAAGUACGAGACGGCGCGGCGGCUGAAGAUGAAGGUGGACUCCAUCCGGAAGCAGUACAGACGUGACUGGACCUCCAGAGAGAUGAAGAUCCGGCAGAGAGGAGUCGCCAUCUACUUCAUCGACAAGCUGGCGCUGCGAGCGGGGAACGAGAAGGACGAUGAGUCUGCUGAUACGGUGGGCUGCUGCUCUCUGCGUGUCGAGCACAUCACGCUCCACCGGCGUCUGGACGCACAGGAACACGUGGUGGAGUUCGACUUCUUGGGGAAAGACUCCAUACGCUACUACAACAAAGUUCCUGUGGAGAAACAGGUUUUCAAGAACCUCAAGCUGUUCAUAAAACAUAAGGAUCCAGAAGAUGAUUUAUUUGACCGAAUUACAACGGUCAAACUCAACAAAACCCUGAACGAGUCCAUGCCUGGACUGACGGCCAAAGUGUUUCGAACCUUCAACGCCUCGACCACGCUGCAGGAUCAGCUCAACAAACUCACCACAGAGGGCAUGACGGUGGAGGAGAAGAUCCUCUCGUAUAACCGAGCGAACAGAGCCGUGGCCAUCCUCUGUAACCACCAGAGGGCAGCACCCAAGACCUUCGAGAGGUCCAUGCAGCUGCUGCAGGAGAAGAUCCAGAAGAAAAAGGAACAAAUUGAAGAGGCCAAAAAAGAGCUGAAGGAAGCAAAGAAAGCACAUAAAGACGCUCCGUCGGACAAAUCCAAGAAGCUGCUGGAGAAGAAGGAGAAGGCUGUUCAGAGACUCGGUGAUCAGCUGAAGAAGCUGCAGCUGCAGGAAACGGAUCGCGAGGAGAACAAGGUCAUCGCUCUGGGCACGUCCAAACUCAACUACCUGGACCCUCGCAUCAGCGUGGCCUGGUGUAAGAAACAUCAGGUGCCUAUCGAGAAGAUCUACAACAAAACCCAGAGGGACAAGUUCGCCUGGGCCAUCGACAUGACUGACGAGAACUUCCAGUUCUGAAGCCCUGCCUGUGUUCAUCAUGUGCUGUGGGAUUAUUUGUGCGGUUUUGUUUUUUUGAAUCAAUCUGUUGUGAUGAUGAUGAUGAUGAUGAUGAUGAUGGAGUCUCCAGUAAAGCUCUCUCGUAUCAGC